AUGAAUCUUCCCCAAGGAGUGAUGUUUCCUACAGGAUCUCUUUAUGUUGGAGAUCUUCAUCCAGAUGUCACAGAAGCUAUGCUAUAUGAAAAAUUUACAACUGCUGGGCAAGUACUGUCUUUAAGAGUUUGCCGUGAUACACGAACAAAGCAGUCCCUUGGAUACGGCUACGUCAAUUUCAGUCAAGCCCAGGACGCUGAAAGAGCUUUGGAUACAAUGAAUUUCGAUCUUCUCAAAGGGAAACCUAUCCGCAUUAUGUGGUGCCAGAGGGAUCCCGCAUUGAGAAAAUCAGGAAUUGGCAACGUAUUUAUCAAGAAUUUAGACAAGAAUAUCGACAAUAAAGCGAUGUACGACACUUUUUCCGCGUUUGGCAAUAUUUUAAGCUGCAAGGUGGCCCUCGAUGAAGCCGGUUAUUCCAAAGGAUAUGGAUUCGUCCACUUUGAAAGCGAAGAAGCUGCGAAUAAGGCUAUAGAAAAGGUAAACGGGAUGCUUUUGAACGACAAGAAAGUUUAUGUUGGAAAGUUUAUUCCUAGAAUGGAACGUGAGAAAGAAUUGGGCGAGAAAGCGAAGCAAUUCACAAACAUUUACGUGAAAAACUUCGGUUCCAACAUGUCAGACGAAAAGUUCUAUGAACUGUUCAGCAAGUUUGGAAAGAUAACCAGCAGCGUGGUGAUGCGUCAAAUCGACGGCACGUCCAAAGGAUUCGGUUUCGUAGCUUUCGAGGAGGCAAAGUCCGCGGAAAAAGCCGUCGAGGAAGUGAACGGGAAAGAAAUGGAUACUAACAUCCUUUACGUAGGCCGCGCACAGAAAAAAACCGAGAGGAUCAACGAACUGAAGAAGCGCUACGAACAGCUAAGGAUCGAACGCUACAGCCGCUUCCAGGGGGUCAACCUCUACGUAAAGAACCUGGACGACACUUUCGACGACGAGAAACUCAGGAAGGAGUUCUCCUCGUAUGGAACAAUCACCUCGGCCAAGGUUAUGACGGAGAACGGCCGCAGCAAGGGCUUCGGUUUCGUGUGCUACACUUCCCCGGAGGAAGCUACUAAAGCCGUCACCGAAAUGAACGGGAGAAUGGUGGGAAGUAAGCCCCUUUACGUGGCCUUGGCCCAGAGGAAGGAAGACCGCCGCGCAUUCUUGAACAGCCAGUACAUGCAGAGAGCGCAGGCGAUGAGGCACCAGAACAGUAUCAACUUCCCCACUACGACACCUCCCUUCCUUAUACCCGCAGUGGCGCAGGGCCCGAGGUUUUUCAACCACCUGAACCCCUUGAACCACAUAAGGCCCACGCCUCGCUGGCCGACGCCCAACGCCAUCCGCCCCAACGGCACUUACAGCUUGUCGAUGCUGAACUCGCCGUAUCGAGCCACCUCUAGGUCUUCUAUCCAGGUGAACAACGUGAGAAACUCGAUGCACGCACGGCCCAUCACUGGACAGCAGACGCCACCGUCUAGACCCAACAGUAAAUACACCAGCUCCACCAAUAACAUUCUGAGACCUAUAAACAUGAGCAGUAUCGGGAACGGGGGAGAUAUACCCCUGAACGCAAACACUUUGGCGGGAGCGGCGCCCCAGGAACAGAAGCAAAUCUUGGGGGAGAAGCUUUUUCGGGUCGUGGAAAAAAUGUACCCUGACGUGGCGGGGAAAGUCACGGGGAUGUUGCUGGAAAUCGACAACUCCGAACUGCUCAACAUGAUGGACAACCAGGACACCUUGAGGGCCAAGGUCGAAGAGGCCAUUGCUGUUCUCCAAGCUCACAAAGCCAAUAGCAAGAAGGGAAUAGUAGUGCAAGAUUAA